GCGCCACGCUCUCAAAAUGCAUAGGCACUUGGCAACACUCCAAACUGCCCUCUCCCACCCAAUGGCUCUGCUCGCAGUCCAAAUAUAGUAUAGUAGAUUAUACAAGUUAAGCUAAGGAUGUGCAGACAAGUGGAUCCCUUCCUCAGUCUCUCUGUUUCUCUGUCUCUCUGUGAUGUGAUUCGAGAGUAUAAAUAAAAUUGAAUGUCGAUGUUUGUUGCCGUAAUAAACUCGGAUUCCAUCCAUGAACUCGAAUGAGUCCAUCUUCACGGCAGUGUGGCCCCGCCAGCUCCGCCGACUCCGCCGCGAGCUCCGCCUCGGAAGGGCGUCGGCCGACCGCGCCCUCAUCGACCGGGCCGUUCUCCAGUACGAAUCUUUCUUCGUGGCUCGGUCGGCCGUGGCCCGCGCCGACCCGGUGCUGGCCUUCGCGGCCCCGUGGGCCACCGCGCUGGAGCGCGCAGCCCACUGGGUGGCCGGGUGGCGCCCCAACUCGCUGAUCCACCUCCUCUACUCCGAGUCGAGCCUGCGGUUCGAGUCGCAGCUGGCGGACAUCCUGAUGGGCGUGCACUCGGGAGACCUGGGCGACCUCAGCGCCGCGCAGCUCGCCCGCAUCGACGAGCUCCAGCGGCGGACGGUGCGGGAGGAGGUGGAGAUCGGGGCGGAGAUGGCGUCGGUGCAGGAGGGCGUGGCGGAGCCGUUCCCGCUGUCGGACGCGGAGAUGGAGGAGAAGGUGGCGGCGCUAGGGCGCGUCAUAGGCCGGGCCGACGAGCUUCGCCUGCGGACGCUGCGAGAGCUACUUUCCAUCCUCGAGCCGCUGCAGGCGGUCGAUCUCCUCGUCGCUGCGGCAGACUUGGAGAUCGGCAUGCGGGAAAUCGGACUGGAGCACGACGGCGAACGAGUGUAGGUAGGCAAAGGGGCCUGAUCUAAUUGUGCAUCAUAGUACGUAACGUAAGACGAGGCAAUUGAAUUCUGCCGCUGCUGUUCGUCUCGCCGAAUUGGCAUUUACUUUAAUCGCAAUCUGUAGACUGUAGUGAAAAACCAGUUGUGUGAAUGGGCGGACGUAUCGGUGAAGUUCGUAUCCA